UUCCACAUUUAUGAUUCCACAAAUUCUAAUGGCUUUGAACAUAUAUGGGACCAGUUUUUAUUUGUUUCAACUUCAAAAUGUAGGACCAAUUAACAAGGUUGAUGUGUUCUUCUUGUUCUUCCUCGUUCAUUAAUGUUUAAAUGAGCAUGCACGCUUCUCUCAACCCACCAGUCCAAGUCAAACCUAUAUCCUCUAUCCAUCCCCUAAUCCUAUAUAUCAGUUUGCUUCUCGCAAACCACCUCAUAAUCAAUCAACAGUUUUUUUUUAAAAAAAAAAAACAUAACUCAACCAAUCUCACUUUGAAAAAGACAUGAACAAGAUCCGCCUCCGUGCUCUCUCUCCGCCUUCCGGAAUGCAACACCGCGGUAGAAGAUGUCGAUUGAGAGGUAGAAACUACGUAAGGCCAGAAGUUAAACAAAUUAACUUCUCAAAAGAUGAAGACGACCUCAUCCUCAAGCUUCAUGCACUUCUUGGCAAUAGAUGGUCAUUGAUAGCGGGAAGAUUGCCUGGACGAACGGACAACGAAGUUAGGAUCCAUUGGGAAACUUACUUAAAGAGGAAGCUCAUGAAAAUGGGAAUCGACCCAACCAAUCAUCGUCUCCACCAUCACACCAACUACAUUUCGAGACGAUACCUCAAUUCCUCACAUAAGGAACAUGAAACAGAGAUUAUUAGUGAUCAAUCUUCUUCAGUAUCGGAAUCAUGUGGUAUAAGUACAAUUUUACCCAUUCCAAGUACCAAUUGCUCGGAGGAUAGUACUAGUACCGGACGAAGUCAUUUGCCUGACCUCAACAUCGCUCUCAUCCCGACAGUGACUUCUUUGCCAGCUCGUUGCCUUCAAGACUUUAGUGAAUCCUCUAACAAUGGUUCAACUGGUCAAGAAACGCUUCUUCUAUUCCAAUGAAAAUUGUUGUAUUUCUUUGUACACAUCUUGCUAAAUAAUGUUACAUUACAAAGGCCCCUAUAUUAUAAUAUUCACUAGAGAGAUGUAUAACGAUGUUUGAAAUAUGUUAAUCCUGAAUUGGACCGUUGAAACAACUAUUCUCUUAAA